AUGGGGAAAAAGUCAAAAGCUGCCAAGAAGCGCGCCAAGGAGGAGGCAGCCCUUCUUGCCAACAGUACCAACAACAACGCCACUCAGGACAUCAACUCUAGCAGCACAUUCAAGUCGUCUGGGUCGCCUGCAACAUGUCCGCCUGGCACGGUUGCUCCGUCGUCACCACCGCCGGCACUCUCUACCCCUACACCCUCAAAACCCGCUCUUUCACCACCAGCAAAAACUACUCCGGCGCCAAACGCUGAUGACAUGGCCUUGGACCUUAUGAUGGCUAACGAGGCCUUAUCAGAAGUGGGUCAGCUGAAGAAGGAGGUGGAGCGGCUCAAGAAGGAGAUCGAGUUCAAGGACGCCGUCAUUGCCCGUCUUCAAGCCGCAGCAGUGGUUGCGAUAUCUACAGCCUCGAGCUUUUCCAAACCCCUACCCGGAGACACUGUUGUCGUGACGCGUCCACUCGACAAGGCCCUUCAGUGCAGCGUUUGUCUCGAGUGCUUCACUGGUCCAUUCACUGUCGAAUGUGGGCACUCUUUCUGCUACGCCUGUAUCAGCGACUGGGUCGAGAUCAACAAGUCGUGCCCAUCCUGUCGAACAAAGCUCCUCCGUAGGCCCACCUUUUCAUACAGUCUCAGCGCUCAAGUUGACCAGUCGAUCGAAAGGCUCCCCGAGCCUGAGCGGACAAAGAUGAAGCAAAGAGUCAAGGAGGAAAUGGACAGGAUCAAGCGAUCAGAGGGCAAGGGUGACCUCUGGGGAAAAUUCUUCAAACCCUUGAGUCUCGAAGGUCUCGGUAACAUCAUCGUCGAUAGGGAGGACGGAGUCAGGCGCUGUGGCUCGUGUGGCUGGGAAGUCAGAGGAGGCGCAUGCGUCCGUUGCAACAACCAAUUCAGUGAUCUGGAAGAGGACUCUGAUCAGAGUCAGGAUGAGAGUGAUGCAGAGUCGGAUGUGCCGGAUAACUACGACUCUCAUGACUCUUUUAUCGACGACUCUCAUGACGAAGACGAGAUCGAUUCUGGACAGGAGGACCCAGAUGUAGACGAUCUCUAUCUCUCUGACCAAUCUUCCGAUAGCGGCAUCAGACGGGGAAGCUCAAAGAGGCUGCAGGCGCGCGGAUCAAAAUCCAAAGCUAGCAAGCGAUCUGCUCGAGAGUUUCCAGAAGUCAUUGCUCUCUCAGACGACGACGACUCUGAGGACGGGGAUGACUUGGAGCAAUCUGACCACAGCGACGUCGAGGAGACUGUAUCGGAUGGUGACGAGGACGAUGAGGAGGAGGAAACCAAGAUUCGAUCCAAGCGAAACAAACCAAGGCGGUCCAUCAUGAUCUCUGACGACGACGAUGAAGACGAGGAUGGCGAGUACCAGGGCAAGUUCAAGGCUGAUGAGGAUGACGAUGAUGAUGAGGACGAUGAAGAGGAAAUACAGGACAAGCACAGCGACAAAUCGAGUAGUAGCAACAGCGACUCGAGUAGCGAUGAGGAGAUUGUUGUACUGUCCAGCACCAACGGCAAGGACAAGGCUAAGGUUGAGACCACCGUUAGAGCCGGCAAGAAGCGCAUGGUGAUUGACAGCGAUUCACCAUCUUCGUCAUCGUCGGACGACGACGACGAGGCAGAUGAGAAGAAGGAGGAGGCGUCAAGCGAGGGCAGUAGCUCAGACGGGAAGAGACGCAGCAGCAGCAGCAGCAGCAGUGACAGUAGUAGCAACAAGGAUGAAGAGACAACUCCGCCAACCGUUGUACCUGCUGCAGCUGCAGCUGCGACGACAACUAAGCGGGCUAUCAAACUCGCUGGAGCAAGGGUGUCCUCGCCAUCGUCUUCUUCUUCAUCUUCGUCAUCGUCUUCGUCAUCAGAGAGUGAGGAGGAGGAGGAGGCCAAGACCAACAAGAAGGACAAGAGCAAGAAGAGCAAGAAGAGCAAGAAGGACGCUAAGCACCGCAGCAAGAGACGCAAGACUGGGCUGGAGUCUCUUUUUUGA